AUGGCCAAUACACAAGAACAAACAAACCCACCCACCGCUGUUAAUACUUCGGUCACCUCUUCCGACCGUACUGUCACCAUUCUUGAUUCCAGACCCCAAAACAUGUUGCAACAAGCCCACCAUUACGUUUCAAUUAAGCUGACUGCCACAAAUUAUCUAUUUUGGAGAGCGCAGCUAGUGCCCUUCUUACGGGGGCAAAAUCGUUACGGGUUCGUCGAUGGCACUACCGUCUGCCCACCAGAAUUUGUUGCCUCGUCCUCAGCGGUGGCUCCGGCCACCAACCCGUCCUAUGCUCAGUGGAUCCAACAGGACCAGUCCAUCUUGAGCAUGAUUAUUUUGUCGUUGGCAGAAGAAGUUCUCUAUCUAGCUAUCGGCCAUUCAACGUCCCGUGCGGUUUGGCUGGCGGUCGAGACAGCUCUCGGCUCAGCAUCACGGGCUCGCUCGUUGAGUCUUCUCACUCAGCUACAGAACCUACGGCAAGGUGAUUCUACGCCGGUCGAGUACUUGGGACGGGCGCAGGUGCUCGUUGAGCAGCUCGCUCAGGCCGGUCGUCCUAUCGGUCUCGACGAGCAGAAUUUGCACGUGUUUCGUGGACUCCGUGCAGAGUAUCGAGGUCUGGUCGCGUCGCUUACGACCAAAAGCGCUCCGCUAACAAUUCAUGAGGUUUCCGAUUUUCUCUCCACUCAUCAGUACCUCUUUCCCGAUGAGUCUCACACCAUGCUACCCCAAUCGCCUUCCGCACUGAUCGCGCAGCAUCCACAGUCGCGUCCUUCCCAUGAUGGUGGUCGAGGGCGAGGGCGUAACCACCGUAGACAAUGA